AUGGCGUGUCGACUCCGGGAGUCGACGCUGCAGGCGGUGCGGACGGUUGCAAACGUCCCGCACCGGAACAACUUGCAUGCUGUCGUGCAGCCGGGCUGCACGACGAAGCGCCGGGCGUCCAAGCCGGGCUUGAAGUCACUCGCCCGCGGGACGUACCCGCCGGCGGUACUGAAGAAGAACACCCGUCCACGGCUGGGCGUGGACGAGGUCAAGAGUCAUGCGGAGCCGGGCUCUGCAGGACAAGAAGAUGGCGCAUGCGAAGAUCGCUGCGCAAGUCUCGGCCCGGGGCCGAGACGCUACAAGAAAUGUCUCCCGGGAAUCCUAAGUCUCUAUGGACCACCCGUCGUGGUGAUCGUAAAUAGACUCUCCAUCCCCGAGUACCGCGAGCGUCACAAAGCAAAGCGUGACGCUCUUGCUGCCAAGGCUGCGGGGCGGACAACCCAGUCGGAGAUUGUCCUCGAAGGUUCCUCUGUAGUCAACGACGCCGUUGACUACGAAGACGACGACGUGGAGAUGAAAGAGGGCGAGGCCUCUUCCAACAAACGCAAGGAGUCUAUCGACAGUGAUAGUCUCGACCCGCAUGCCGGGUCGAGACGCCCUCGUGAAAGAGACGACUCGGACGCUUCGAGUUCGAAGCGUUCGCGCGGCGAGAGCGACACUCCGCUCUCUGCUGCUGGGGCUUUAAGCUCCCCACGUGAUGUGGUGACUUCAAGCUCUCCGCGCGCUGCUCAGGCAGCGCGCGAUCCGUGGAUGCUGUCUGCGUCAGAGAUCGCAAACCGUGUGGGCAACACUGUGCCUCCAAACGAAAUCCCGCUGUACGUAUGCAGCGGGAUCCACGAUGAUGCUGUGGCGGAGGAGCAGCACUUUGAUCCGUUAACGAAUCAAAUGCGCAAUUACUAUAUCGGACUCUUUCACGAGCUCCGAUACUUCUCCAGCAAGAAGACCUCUUCUCGCAGCAAAGUGCCUGAGUGGCAGGCACAUUGUCAAAGUUGGAAUGCUUUUGUUGAGAACUUCAACAAGAAGCCGGCUGCUUACCGCGAGCGGGUUAAGCAUGCCCGUGAACGCUUCGAGACAUUCUCGACGCGCGGGAGGCUGGAGCAGCUCCACAGAUCCUCUGUGGACGUUGGUAUCCCAUGCGCUGUGCCCGAAGGCCAUCAGUGCACGUUGUGUCUUCCGGGUGCGGCGCGCUUGAGCGACCGCGACCUAAACGGGUACACGACGAUUCGUGUACCUGAGAGUCUCAAGGAUCUCCGUGCCAAGUUCUUGGCACGCAAGGAACGCGACGAUCGUGGGGCUUCGGGCGCUGUAGGUGACCACAGCGCUCGCACUACCUUCGCGUCGGCACGUGUUGAGCCGUGGGCGUCGCGGAUCGGAGGCGGCGGUGGUGGGAACACGCCCCGGAGCCGUGAGUUCGCCGCUCUGAAGCAGGAUAUGGCGACCCUGAGAGCUCAAGUUGCUCAGGCCUCGCAGACCGCGUCGGACAUCUCUGUCGACGUGGGAGGUCGCGUCGUGCGCUUGGUCCAGCGCGUUCGCGCGCUGGAGCCGAGGUUCGCUCCCGCUGGGGCUUCCGCUUCGGGCCCGCCGAGCUAG